CGGCAAACAUUUGAGGUCACGAUGGAAGCCUUGAACCUUGAAAGCGCUCGAGUUGACAAUGGGCAAGAUGAGCCUGGAGACAGUGGCAACCUCGCAAUAAAUUUCCUUCAUGAAUUGGUAACCUACAAUCCUGAAGAGCCUGGAAAGAGCGCUCGACUUGAGCGUCUCGUUCAACAGCUCACCGAUGCCACAUCAGCAGCAAACCACAAUGAGCCUCAAUCAAUCCAAUCAAGCGCUUCAUCCUCCGUGAACCACAAUCAUGUACCGAAUACUGUUCCGACCUUGGAGUAUUCUCCAGCCUUAUUCCCGUUGGAUUUGGAGUCUUCAAACAUUUGGAGAUCAUCCCCAUCAGGCCAGCCUUUGUUCAAAAGAACGUUCGUUCCGGAGCCUGAUGCUACUGAGCCUAUUACGGCGGCGCAUCAAUCAAAGCGCCCACGCGUCGAUGGGGGCAAGGUAGCUGGUGUUGAUAAGCCGAACAUGAGAAAAACAUAUGUUCCACAGGAGAGCGACUAUGGCGCGGCUUAUUCCUCGUCUGAUGAAGUAGCUCCUGGUAGCCUGAGCGCCAACAGUCCUGUACCUUCGAGACGCAGAAGCAGACUACUCAUGAAGGAGAUCUAUAAAGAAUUAGAAGUAACUCCCCAUGAAUAUCUUGAGCUGCAGAAUGCCGCCAAGGAUUACAUGCUCGACCCGCAGCACCCAGACAGGCUCGAAUGUGUGGGAAGUAAAGUUAGGAAGCCAGGACUCACUAAGAUGAAGCUGCAUCAAUGCACACUGGCUUUCCUGCGUGACGAAGGCUGGGGCGAUUAUUUUUGGGGAAGCGAGGCUCCUGGUGCAAGUCUACCUGAUCGAAAGUUGAUAUGGCCAGAGAAGAGUAACCGGAUCAUUUCCGCGAUUGGGCCUCUUCUGCGACGGGUGAUUAGCAAUCAGAGGCAAAAGCAAUAUGGAAAAGCACAACGCCAGAAGAAAGUUACCGCGGCUACUCAAGUUUCAGGCGAUGAGGUACCUUCCAAAUCUGCAAAAUCGACUCCACAACUGGGAUAUCAACAUGCUGGAACUACAACUGCUUCAAACGCCCCCAUCGACCUAGACCCAGCGCUAUCCAAUGAAGUGAGUCCGGCAUCUCAACCAGAAGAAGAUUCAGUCGAGUCAACUGUAAACAAUACUCAUCAUUCCACACCUCCCACUACCGAACCUUCUACGGAUACGCGCUUGAAGCUACACUUGAAUCUUCUUCAUGGCAAAGACCAUCACAAACCCAAGAUCCUACUAGUUGCAGACGUUCUUCCAACAUAUGAGGAAUUGGUUGAACACGUCCACCAGAGUCUCAAUAAUGGACUCCAUAAGCCCUUCAAGAUGAUGAUCCUCGGUCCUAAUGGCUUGGUCGCAGUCCGAGACGACUAUGCUUUCCAAAGAAUCGUUCAAGAGAUCUCAAAGUUGCCAUGGAUGGACGGAGACGUUAAAUGCCUGAUGCAGAUGGCAGAUAUUUAUUAGAUGUUCGCCUUUGGAGGGAGGAGAUCGUUCUACAGCGUGCUCUGCUAUAACGGAGAGAUUGAAGAUGGUUAAGCUGGAUGGAUUGUCAGAUUUGUCACUCUUUACGCUCGUUGGGCUCAUAUGUACAAGUACUCAAACAUAAGGGGAUGAUUGGCACAUCAUCAAUAGGGCCCACGCCUAUAUGGAAGUCUCAAAAGAGCUAGCAUUUGCUGGUAAUGUACCUAGGUACUGUACGUAGAAAAUAGUUCUCGAAAACAGAAUGUAGAGUUUAAU